UGAGUGGGUAUUUAAACAUGUGAUAUUUCAUAAAAAUUGAAAGAGGAAGUUUAGACUUGAAGAUUGUCCCAUUUUAUAAUUUCCUUGUGGUUUUGUCAACGCAUUAUCGAAUUGCAUUUUAGUUAAAGCGCCUACAUCUGCCUUCAAACUUGAACAGUCUUAAAGAUGGAAAACAAUAUUUUCAUACUUUUGGUAUGUGUUGCCAUUGCGACUGCAUCCGGGCAUUUCAAAUAUUACAAAAUGGAAAGGACAGAAAAGGUAGAGGUUCGAGAAUUUGAAAUGGACCGUAAUCCGUUCACAUUACUUGGGAAGAGGAAGUUCCUCCAACAACGAGGAAAUCUAACAAAUUGUGGCGAUAAAAAAAACAAAUUUUCCAUCCAGUGGGAGCCAAAAAUUUUAAAUACACAAGGUGUUGCCACUGUAUACUGGGAUCUUGUAGCUCCUUGUGAUAUGGACAGCGGAAAUGCACACAUUGAUGUGUACCUCCCUGAAAUUCCGGACAGUCCAAUAUUUUCUCUGGACCAAAAGGGUACAUGUGGAGAUAUAAAAAAGACAGUACCAAAUUUAAUCUGUCCCAUAAAGAAAGACGCUGAGAUCAAAGGUCAGUUGACUGCCAGUGAUUUGACAAGACUGCCAACCGGAAAUUACACGAUAGAGGUCAAGAUAACGAACGACAAAAACGAACUGUUUGCUUGCGGACGAGCCAGUGUGGAACUGACCCCUUGAAGAGCUGACCAUUCAAACUGAGCUAAUUCAAUUAAACUAUGUCCUCAAUUUUCUUAUACCACUAAGACAUUUGUAAAUAAUUUUCAUCAUCGAUUUUUUUUCUGAUUUUUUUUCCUAAACAAUCUGGUAAGCCAGAUGAGCCUUAAAAACCGAAAGUUCCGAAUAUAGAUCUUACUUUCUCGUUAUUAAACUGUUCAAUGUGGUCUUUUUAAAUUGUAACCUCUAUUUUAUUUAGACUCCUCUUGCGUUUCAAAAGCUAACGCGAAUAUGAAGGUUGUACCUUGUAUAUGAGAAAUUAUUCAUUUCUUUAUUAUUUAAAAAAAUUAGUACAGUAUACAUAUACACGGGCAUGUUAAGAUUAAUACAGCAAGAUUGUUGUGUACUUAAAAUAUAGGUUCCUUUUUGUAAAUAAUUCCUGUUUCACAAAUGGCGUUGUAACAUACAAUAAAUAAUAUUAUUAAAGUAACUAUCUUUGUGCAAUCACUUAUUCUAAAUGGUGAUCGAUUGGUUAGUUAACGACUUAGAUUUAAUAACAUAUGUUUGUAUACAUACAUUUUAGUAUAAAAAUAAGUUCAUAUGAUAUGAUUGCCAUGCACUGAGACAACUCUCCACAAGAGACUUAAUCAUGUAAUGAAGAGGGUUUUUUUAUAUAUAUAUUUUAUAGCCAAAUUGCUGUUUAAAUCAUUUCAUUUUUGAAAAUAAAAAUCUUGUAAUAA